AAAGACGCAUCAAAAUGUUAAGGAUUUAAUGAAAACUGUUCUUUUCUUUCAGCACUUCCACUCACUCCUGCUAUUAAUGUUGUUUGUCUCCUGUUUAUUAAACAGUUAAAGAAUGGCUGCUUUUGCUACUCUUCAUGGCUUGCAUGACUCUCUUCUUCGAUCCCAGUUUCUAGGCCAAGAUCAUCACUUCCCUCUCAAACAACCUUCUACACUGGUGCAUCAAAGAAAACCAACUUGUGAACUACAACCAAGAGCCAAGUUCAACAUAGUUGAAAUCAUGGGGGGAAGAGGAAUAUGCAAAGGGGAAAUGGGUCUUGAACAAGAGCUGAAAAGACAAGUUGAUGAACAGCCACAACAAGUAGUAGUAACAGCAGAACAUGGCAAAGAGCAUGAAAACUCUGGUGGUGGUGAUGGUGGUAUUAAUAGUGUUGCAGUUCCAGAAGAUGCUUUUGAGAAAGAAAUGAUGGGGCUAACUGGAGGCUUUCCUGGAGGUGAGAAAGGGUUGAUAAAGUUCAUUGAAGAAAAUCCACCUCCCAAACCAGGAACUGUUCUAAGUUCUGACCCUUUGAUUUUGAAAGAAAGCCAAAAGCCAUUGUGAAGAAUCCAAAGAAUCAUAGUUCAACUCUCUCUUUGUGAAGCAUGUUCAUUUUUUAUUUGAUAUGUAUCUCUGCUAUUCUGAUUUCUGACAAUUCAAACUGUGAUGAGGUUUGCUAUAUCUCCCUCUUUAAUCUUC